UAAAAUAAAUAUUAAUAUACUUCACUUUGCCAGCUCUAUUUUGGUCUUGCUGUCCUUGUGCCGUUUCUUCUCUCUAAUUCCUCAUAUCAUCAUACUCUUUUUUGGUGUUUGAAGCAAUCGAGAUCUGAACCCAGCGACUUGCAAUAAAGAUUGCAUCACGAGACUCUAUCCUUAUUUAAAGACGAAAAAAGCUUAUAACGUUAAACCAUGUCUGGCUCUGCAAAAACUUUGGAACCAGCAUUUCAAGGAGCCGGUCAGAGAGUAGGGACUGAAAUAUGGAGAAUCGAAAACUUUCAGCCAGUACCGUUGCCCAAGUCUAAUUAUGGUAAAUUCUACUCGGGUGAUUCAUACAUUGUAUUGCAGACUACCUCUGGCAAGGGAGGUGCGUACUUUUACGACAUACACUUCUGGUUGGGAAAAGAUACUAGCCAGGAUGAAGCUGGAACGGCAGCUAUAAAAACAGUCGAACUUGAUGCAGUUCUUGGUGGGCGUGCAGUGCAAUAUCGGGAACCUCAGGGUCAUGAAUCCGAUAAAUUUUUAUCUUAUUUCAAACCUUGUAUCAUACCACUUGAAGGAGGUGUUGCUUCCGGUUUUAAGGAAACCGAAGAAGAAGAAUUCCAAACACGACUAUACACAUGCAAAGGAAAACGAGUCGUCAAGUUGAAGCAGGUGCCGUUUUCUCGAUCCACAUUGAAUCAUGAUGAUGUCUUUAUCUUGGAUACUAAAGAUAAAAUCUUUCAAUUUAACGGGGCGAACUCGAAUAUACAAGAAAGGGCUAAAGCUUUGGAAGUUAUUCAGUUUUUAAAGGAUAAAUAUCAUGAGGGGACAUGCGAUGUUGCAAUUGUUGAUGACGGGAAGCUACAAGCAGAGGGUGACUCCGGUGAAUUUUGGGUUAUAUUCGGUGGCUUUGCUCCUAUUGGCAAAAAGGUUGCAAGUGAAGAUGAUAUUAUUCCCGAGAAGACCCCUCCGAAACUUUAUUGCAUUACUGAAGGUCAGGUUAAGGAAGUGGAUGGUGAACUUUCAAAAUCUUUACUGGAAAACAACAAAUGCUAUCUAUUGGAUUGUGGUUCAGAGGUGUUUGUUUGGGUCGGGCGAGUAACGCAAGUGGAAGAACGAAAAGCCGCCAUGCAGGCUGCUGAGGAGUUUAUAACAAGCCAAAAUCGGCCCAAGUCAACUCGUGUAACCCGGCUUAUUCAAGGUUAUGAAACGCAUUCAUUCAAGUCAAACUUUGACUCAUGGCCAUCAGGCUCAGCACCUUCUGCCCCCGAGGAGGGUAGAGGCAAAGUAGCAGCUCUAUUGAAGCAACAAGGUGUCGGUCUUAAAGGCCUUGCAAAAGCUUCGACAGCUGUUGAAGAAGUCCCACCUUUGCUCGAAGAAAAUGGAAAAAUCGAGGUGUGGCGGAUUAAUGGCAGUGCUAAAACACCAGUAGCAAAGGAGGACGUCGGUAAAUUUUACAGCGGAGAUUGCUACAUUGUUCUUUACACCUACCAUUCUAAUGAAAAGAAAGAAGACUACUACCUCUGCUGUUGGAUCGGCAAAGACAGCAUCGAGGAGGACCAGAACAUGGCUGCUCGGCUGGCGACAACGAUGUUUAACUCACUCAAAGGAAGACCAGUUCAGGGUCGUGUAUAUCAAGGGAAAGAACCGCCACAGUUUGUUGCCAUCUUCCAGCCUAUGGUUGUGUUGAAGGGUGGGUUAAGCUCUGGUUACAAGAAUUACAUUGCCGACAAAGGAUUAAAUGACGAAACGUAUAGCUCAGAUGAAGUAGCCCUCAUUCAGAUAUCUGGAACUUCAUUGCAUAAUAAUAAAGCCGUUCAAGUCGAAGCUGUGGCAACCUCUUUAAAUUCGUACGACUGUUUUCUUCUUCAAUCUGGUUCAUCGUUGUUCACCUGGCACGGAAACCAGAGCACGGUUGAGCAACACACUCUAGCUGCUAAAAUUGCUGAAUUUUUGAAGCCUGGUGCCAACGUGAAGUUUGCUAAAGAAGGAACAGAGAACCAAACCUUCUGGUUUGCACUUGGAGGGAAACAAGGGUACACCAGUAAAAAAGUAACACAAGAAACCGUCCGAGAGCCUCACUUGUUCGCAUUUUCAUUCAAUAAAGGAAAAUUUGAGAUUGAGGAAAUCUACAAUUUUUCACAAGAUGAUCUCUUGACGGAGGAUAUUUUAAUUUUGGAUACACACGCUGAGGUGUUCGUUUGGGUUGGUCAAUCGGUUGACUCCAAGGAAAAGCAAAGUGCCUUUGAAGUUGGCCAGAAAUACAUAGAGUCGGCUGCAUCUCUUGAUGGACUAUCCCCAUCGGUGCCCUUAUACAGAGUUACAGAAGGAAACGAACCGAACUUCUUCACAACGUUUUUCUCAUGGGAUUCCGCAAAAGCCAAUGCUCACGGGAACUCGUUCCAGAAGAAGAUUUUGCUAAUGUUUGGGCUUGGGGGAGGUCAUUCUGCAGAGAGUCAAGAUAGGUCAAACGGAAACCAGGGCGGGCCCACUCAAAGAGCUUCAGCGUUGGCGGCGUUGAACUCUGCUUUCAAAUCUUCUCCACCUGCUAAAUCUUCAGCUUCUCCAAAGGCACCGAGUCGGGGUUCACAAAGAGCAGCCGCAGUCGCUGCUUUAUCUUCGGUUCUCACUGCUGAAAAGAAGGGCCCGUCUGAUGCUUCUCCAGUCCGGCCCGUUAGAAGCCCACCAUCUGAAACCGUCUCACCUGCCAUAGCCAAAAGCGAAGAACCUUCCAAUGGUUUGGAGAGUAACGAAGGCUCGGAAGUCACAACCGAGACAUCCGACCCAGUUCAAGAGACGAACGGCGAAGGUUCAGCAACAAAGUCCACAACAGAAGAACCCGAGUGUGUUAGUGUCGACAGUCGAAGCACUUUCAGUUAUGAACAACUUAGGGCUAAAUCUGAGAACCCAGUUACAGGAAUCGACUUUAAGAGAAGAGAGGCUUAUCUAUCUGCUGAAGAAUUCGAAGCGGUACUCGGGAUGACAAAAGAAGCGUUCUACAAAAUACCGAAGUGGAAGCAAGACAUGAUGAAGAAGAAAGUUGAUCUGUUCUAGGAGUUGAAAUGAUAAGAUACAUUCUUUCGAUUCUUCGUUUUUCAUCGUGUUGGUGUUUUGGUGAUUAUAGGAGUUAGUGUGGGUUGUUUAAUACCCGAGUAAAGAGUGAUUUUUUUGGCUCUCUUUUGCUGCUGCAAGUGAUUGAUUAUGUUAUGUUAUGUUUAAGGUAGGCACUUUGGUAUGGUAUGGUAAUGUAUCUGUGUUUGAGUUUGUUUGUGGAGAAAAGACUGUAAAUGGUGAUGUGUUUGUAAUUUGAGAAUUCAGGGUCAAAAGAGAUUAUAUUGGUUUUUGGUUUUUGAUUGUUGGGCAGAAGACUGUAAAUGUUGCCAUUAUUCUAUUUAUCAGACAAAGAUGGGCUUCUUAAUGACAUUAAAUAUGUACAUGUUUGGAUACA